UAAUUCGAUAAAUCCUUCACAAGAUUUAUGCUUCAUGGCCGGUGAUGUCCGCGCUAACCAGAAUCCUCUCAUGACGGCUACGCAUGUGCUAUACCUACGAGAACACAACAGAAUAGCAGAAAGUCUCGCUGUUAUUAAUCCUCACUGGGAUGAUGAACGUAUCUACCAGGAGUCCAGGCGCAUCGCUAUCGCCUGUUACCAGCACAUAACAUACGAAGAAAUGUUACCGCUUUUCAUAGGACUUGAAGCAUUUCAGAAAUAUUUCCAGAGCUAUGCAUAUGAUGAAGAAUUGUGUCCUGGUACAUAUGUUGAAUUCACAAGUGUGUGCUUCCGAUACUUUCACACACUUGUACACGGGAUUUUGAAGAUAAUGACUGAAGAACGCAAGACUAUUAAGGAGCUUGUUCUGAGUGAAUAUUUUAAUGCGCCGUCUAUAAUAAUUAAAAAAUUUUAAGAAUUGUUGAUUGGAGCAGUUACUCAUUCUAGUAGGAAAGAGGAUGAAAAUUUCGA